AUGAUCACUAACACACUUAAACCUUUCACCUUACUACGCAACGCACUCUGGGGAAAACCUCCAUCGGAUCCAAAAGAACGCCGAUACUUGUUCAAACUAGAUGUGUUUGUUCUCACUUAUGUCUGUCUUCUUUACUGGGUCAACUACCUCGACCGUGCCAAUGUCGCCAACGCAUACGUCUCUGGAAUGCAAGAAGAUUUAGGACUUUCCGGCAACGAUUUCAAUAUCAUCAACACAAUUUUCUACGUGGGGUACAUCAUUUCCAUGAUUCCGCAUAAUUUAAUCUUGUUGAGAGUUAGACCUCGUUAUUGGUUAACGAUAUGUGCUGGAGUCUGGUCCAUACUCACAUUAUCCACAUACAAAGUUACCCAUUUUUACCAGCUUUGCAUUAUCCGAUUUGUCCAAGCGAUGUUUGAAAGUUGCAUCUUUGGUGGUGUACAUUUGAUUUUGGGGUCGUAUUACACCGAUGCUCGAGAUUUGAUUAUUCGAACAUUUGUAUUCACUUCAAGUGGACUUGUAGGGCAAAUCUUUUCUGGAGUGAUACAAGCGGCAGUGCAUCAAAACAUGGAUGGUUGGCAUGGCUUGGCCAGUUGGCGAGUGUUGUUUAUUAUGGAUUUCAUAUGUAGUUUCCCCAUUGUCAUAUUUGGCUACAUUUUCUUCCCCGAUGCUCCAGAUAUUGGCAAGCCAUUCUAUUUCAGCGAGGAAGAACAUGCCAUGGCUUUGGAAAGGUUGGUGAAACCCAAACACGACAAGUUUGGAUGGGAUGUUGUGACGAGGGUGUUUGGCAAGUGGCACUGGUAUUUAUUCGGGAUGUUGUGGAUUGUUGGAGCAAUUAAUGAAUCUUUUGCCACCAACAGUGUGUUUGCAUUGUGGUUGAAGUACUAUGAUUAUUCUGUUCUGGAUAGAAACCAUUUUCCCAUGGGUGUGUAUGCUGUUGGUGUGUUGGCAACUGCGAUUUCAGCAUAUUAUAUAAGGAAUGUGGGGAAUGGGAAAUUGUACUGGCAUGUGUCCUUGAUUAUUGCUCUAGUUGUGUUGGUUUCACCAGUGAUUCAACUAUGUCGGCCAUUCGCCAAGAAGUAUGUGUUUGUUGCCCAAUACUUGAGUGGUGUAUCGUACGCGGCACAAACUGUUUCGUUUGGCUGGGCCAAUAUAGUUUGUGCUGAUGACUUGCAAGAACGGGCAAUUGUUAUUAGCUCGAUGAAUAUGUUGGGGAAUACCAUGAAUGCAUGGUGGUCAAUUGUGUUUUUUGCUGCUGAUACAGCUCCUAGAUUCCGCAAUGGUGCUAUAGCUCUCAUAAGUUCAUCUGCCGCCACUGUUUUUGUCGUGGCUGCAAUAGCGUGGUUGCAAUUGAGAGAUGAUCGAAGAAUACGUGGAUUAGUGCAACAAGUGAGCCCUGAAGAAGCCAUCAAAGAAGAUGCCGAGGAGAAGAUUAAAGUAUAA